CUCAUUUUUUUGUGCAGAAUGAUUCAAUUUGUGCUCUUGUUCAGCCGCCAAGGCAAGGUGCGCUUGCAAAAGUGGUUCUCGGCCUUCUCGCAGAAGGACAAGAAGAAAAUCACCCGCGAAAUGACGUCGACCAUCCUCGCGCGAAAGCCCAAAAUGUGCAACUUUCUCGAGUGGAAGGAAUUCAAGAUUGUCUACAAACGCUAUGCAAGCCUAUUUUUCGCUUGCGCGAUCGAUCCCAACGACAACGAGCUGAUUGCACUUGAAAUCAUUCAUCGAUAUGUCGAGCUUCUCGACAAGUAUUUUGGUAGCGUGUGCGAGCUGGACAUUAUCUUCAACUUUGAGAAGGCGUACUUUGUGCUCGACGAGCUCAUCAUUAACGGCGAACUGCAAGAGUCGUCUCGAAAGAGCGUACUCAAGUCAGCAGCAACACAAGACCAACUGCAAGAAGAAAACGAAGGCAUGGGAAACCCGAUAGAUGACUUGAUCGGCAUUCCCAAGUAAAGCCUCGGCGCCUUUUUCCCCCUCUUGUUUAUUAUUUGAUGUGUGCUUUUUGGGAUGUUGUGGUCGUGUGCAAAGCGAAUGUGUGUGUUUGCUUUUGGGAGUCAUGGAGACGCUUCGUUUCCGUUUCCAUCACCCACGACGAGCUGUGAAGUUGUCAAUGUGUCGUUGUAUUUUUGUUGUUGUUGUUGUUGUUGUUGUUGUUGCUCGGCUGUCUUGUCGUGUUGAAUUCAAGUACAUUUGCACAGACGCAGUUCAGCCUCGUCUCUGAUUUGGAGCAUGC